AUCGAAAUCGGUUCACCUGCAAAAACAGCUGUGCGGUGCGUGUGAGUUGAGUUGGUGUGUUAAUUCAGAUAACUUUUUUUUAUAAUAAAAUAACCGAUAUUUACAAAAGGUUAUAUUAAAAUUGUUGAAAAAAUGCUGGGCAGACAUUCAUUGAAACUUCCACGGCUGACUAACAUGUGUGUGGCCUACUCUACUGCUGCCGCGGAGGCGUCGGUGGAGCAACUAUACAAUCGGCCAAAAUUGACAUCAACUGAUUACCGCACAGCCGAGAAUAAUACCAAACAGCAUUCAGCUGUUCAUGAGGGAAAAUUUUACACACUCUCGCCAGAACAAAAGAAGCAACUCUUUAGCGGCGGUGGGCUUCCUCGUCAAUAUGAACAGCAGAUCAAAACAUUUACAGAAGCCUGCCUAAUGGUGCGACCAACCAGUUUGGAAUUACUGAAUUAUAUUCGUAAUACGGAUUUCACACGGCCUGUGGUACGCUAUGUACUUUACGGUGAAAAUGGUGUUGGAAAGACACUAACAAUGGCGCAUGUAUUACAUUAUGGUUUACAAAACAAUUUUGUACUUGUACAUGUACCAUGGGUACCGAAUUGGAUGAAACGUCCUAAGGAGACUGUGAAUGCUACUACACAAGAGGGCUUCAUUGAUUUGCCUUUUGAUGCAGCCGCUUGGUUAGUGCACUUCAAAACACAAAACGCAAACCUACUUACACAACUACAAUUGAAAACAAGCAAGGAUUAUGUAUGGACUAAAAGAGAAGCCACACCAGCUGGAUCGACAUUAUUGGAACUGGUAGAGCAUGGUAUUGCGCGUAUUAAAUUCGCAUCCGAAACUAUAGCUGCUCUAUUAUCCGAACUGAAGCAGCAUGCUAAUGAUGAUAAGUGCAAAAUUAUGGUGGCAAUUGAUGGCUUUAAUGCAUUUUUCCAUCCAGAGACACGCAUCUUGGGUGAUAACAAGCAACGCAUAACACCUGAUCGUGUCACACUGACACAGCCCUUCUUGGAUAUUACCAAUUACAAUUGGAAGAAUGGUGUAUGCGUUUUGACGGUGGAUAAAAUCGGAAUGACUGAAGGCUAUAUGGACUCAUACUUACCACGUUAUCUGUUGGGUAAAGAGGGCUUUGAACAUUUAGAUCCAUUUGUGCCGCUGCAUGUUGAUAAUUAUAGCGAUAAAGAGUUUGCUAGUUGCAUACAGUACUAUUUAGAUCGGAAUUGGAUACAGAAAACACCAGAAGGCUUUGAUGAACAGCUCAAAUAUCUGAGCAAUAAAAAUCCUUACACAUUAAUGCGAUUAACACGUUCAUUGUAAAUAACUGUAAGAAUUUUAAUAACCCAAUAUUGUUGUAAUGUUUUUAAUAUAAAUAUAAAAAAGUGAAAUGAA